GAAGAGGAAAGAACCACAAAGCCGGGGAAAAAUGUCACCAUUCCCAUUUAGCUUUUCAAUUUCUUUCUCUAUUUUUCUUUGUGCUUUCCAAAUGGAGGUUAUAGAGGUACAAUAUUAACGUUUAACGCCUAGUGAUAGAAACAGAUUCCAAUUUCUGGUUUCUGACUCUGCACAUAAAGGUGAAUUUUGACUGCAGUUUUGCACAUACGUUGUAGACUGUAGUACGAUACAAGCCUUCAAAAGUGCAGCCUCCAACACUGUUGAGAAGGUUGGAGUUGGUUUUGAUUUGUUACUCUCUUCUCAAAGUCAUGGCAGUGUCCUUUCAGAAUAAAAAUGAAGUGUGGCGAUAAAGUGAUCCAGCAAGAGCAUCCUCCGAUUCUGAUGGCGGUUUCUAGUUCCUCGCCAUCUAUGGCAGAAAAAUACAAGAAGCCCAUAUCAUUUUUCUUCAGUUCUCCGAGGUUGUUCGCCAAUUUCGCAUCCAAAGUGUUGUAUGAAGCUGAGGCUAUGAUGAGUCCCACCUCCAUACUCGACAGUAAGCCAUUUUGUGGCAUGAAAAACCCAUUUUGGUUAGAAACAAACAGCCCAAGAACCCCAAUUGGUGAUCACAAGCGUUAUUGGAAUAAAUUGGAUUCAAGAGGCCUUGUGGAUGCUCUUGUUGAUGACAAACCUGGACAAAUAGCAUCAAAUUCACAAAGCAGAAUGGUGCUGUUUGGAUCCCAGCUUAAGAUUCAGAUUCCUCCCCUGCCUCAUGCAACACCUUCUCCGUCUCAAUCGCCUAAAUCAGCAUCAUCUAAAUUUGGAUCUGCCAAUUCAGCUCUUCAAACCUCCAAAUCUCCUCGAGUUUUCACUGGGUGCCUCUCUGCCAGUGAAAUGGAGCUCUCUGAGCACUACACUCGCGUGAUUUCCCACGGGCCUAACCCAAGAACUACUCACAUAUUCGAUAACUGCAUCGUUGAGAGUGGAUGUUUUGAUGCUGGAUGCUCUUCUUCUGCCAUGGAAAAUGUGUUUCUUCCUCAUCACAUCAUUUAUCCCUCUCACAGCUUCAUGAGCGUCUGCUUUUACUGCAACAAAAAUCUUGGGCAGGGUGUGGAUAUCUACAUGUACAGGGGCGAGAGGGCAUUUUGCAGCCGUGAAUGCCGUUACCAGGGGAUGCUGUUGGAGGAGGGGAUGAGCAAAUUGGAAGAAGAUGUAUAAUUGAAUGUUCCUUUCCAUAUGGCUUAUCUUUAGAUCCUCACCAACAACUCUUAGUCUUGCUUUGCUUGAAAGAGCUUAGAAUAACUCUCUCAUUUUUACGAGUUGUCUACACUCGAUUAAUUUUUGGGACAUGAAGUGGGCCUUGAAGAUCCUGGAUCACUCACCGUACUUGCUUUUGUUCUCUCUGUUUCUCUUUUUCUCGGUGGUAGUUCUGUAGAAGGUGGGAAAAGAUUGAAAGCGAAAGGCUAGGUCAUUUUUAUUGAAUUUGAAACGAUGAAUUAGGAGCUUUGUCUAUUGCUUAUAAGUAAACUGUAAUUACCCACGUAGGACCAAUCACUUCAUUUCAACUAGAUUCUUUUGAGGAUCUCCACACGAUGUGGGAACAGUUUUCUGACAAAUUUUGAUCAGUGAAUCCGUGCAAAUUUCGAAAGGAAGAUUAGAAGAGGGCCAAUUUGAGGUUAUCUUGACAAAAGAUAAAGACACUAACAACUAACAUCCGACCCUAGUUUCGUUGGUUGCUAUAUUGAUAUUUUCGAAGGGAA